AACACUACUAUAUAACAAAUAAUUUGAGUUAGAGUUAGUGAUCAGAAACAUGAAAGUAGCACUCCUGCUCAGUCUAGCGCUGACUGGUAGUUUUGUACAGUCGUACAAUCUGUGGGAUCAACUUGAGAACAUAUUUGAUGACUAUGAUAUGAUCAAAAAUGGAACAGUUUGGGAUGUAGAGAAACAAAAGUACCAGUGUGAUUCAGGUUACUUCGGUAAAGAUGGGUUUCCUCCUUGUACUAUCUGUGACUCUGGAACUUUCUGCGAUAUGCGUGGGUGUACGGAAUGUACACCGUGUCCAGCGGGAGAAUAUGCCGACAAGAAGGGAAACUAUCAAUGUUUCAAAUGUCAAACUGGAUAUUACUCUGAUAAAGAGGGUGAAGCCCAUUGUUCAAAGUGUCCCGGAGGUACCUUUUCCAGAAGGACAGGUUCUAAAAGUUGUGACGAGUGUCCCGCCGGAGAAUUCAGCGACUACGCGGAGGCGUCUUCUGGCUGUGGGAAAUGCCCGACUGGGACCUACAAUCCUAAACCUGGUCAAGCUGAGGAGACGUCGUGUCUGCUCUGUCCUGCAGGACAGUACCAGGACUCAGUCGGUGAAACGGACUGUAACGCAUGUCCUGAGGGGCGUUACGGCGACGAAGAGGGGCUCGGAGAAUGUCACAACUGUACUGCUGGACACUUCCAGGAUGAGACAGGACAAACGGUAUGUCAGGAAUGCCCGAUUGGUCAGUACACUGAUUCAGAAGGAUCUAAAGCCUGUUCGUCAUGUGACGAGGGUCACUUUGCUGACACUACCGGAACCAUUGAGUGCAAAUCAUGUCCGGCUGGAGAGCAUCAGAAGGACACUGGUGCAAGCUCUUGUGAUGCCUGUGAAAUCGGGGAAUAUCAAGACAAGACGGGUCAAGCCAGGUGUUACCAAUGCAAUCAAGGAACUUACCAGAACGAAACAGGACAAGCUAGUUGUGUGGAGUGUGCCCAGGGGACAGCUCAAUCUGAUGCCGGACAAGCUAAAUGCACUGACUGUGGCCCUGGACAGUUUGGUGAUCAAUCUGGGCAGCUGUACUGUGGAAACUGUGAAGCAGGUACCUUCUCUGACGGAACCCAAAACACAGGAUGUACCAACUGUGCUGCCGGAACUGCUAACAACAAUACUGCAGCUAGCUCGUGUUCUCUGUGUGAACCAGGUGCCCACGCUAGUGAUACCGGGUCCAAAGUUUGUGAUUUAUGCUACGCUGGCGAGUACGCAGCUGAGAGUGGAACUGUCAACUGUAGUCCCUGUGACACUGGCCACUUCUCGAAUUCUUCAGGCAGUUUAUCCUGUUACAGCUGCACUCCGGGACACUAUGCUGACACCGUCAACUCUACUUCAUGCGCGUCUUGUGAGUCAGGAUACGUUGCCCAGUACCCCGCUGCUGAUAUUUGUGAUGCCUGUAAUGCUGGAACCUUCAGCAACGACAAAGCUACUAACUGUGUAGCUUGUCCUAGAGGAAAGUAUAACGAUCUGCCCCACCAAGCAGUUUGUAAGGAUUGUGCGGCUGGCUCUUUUGCUAAUAUGACUGGACUGAAAAUCUGUUACCCGUGCUCGGCGGGGACCUACCAGGACGAGGAGAAAGCGAAGGAGUGUAAAGCCUGUAGCCCAGGAAGUUCCCAAGCAGAUGAGGGGAAAAAGUCUUGUGAUAGCUGUGAUUUUGGACACGCCCAGAGCAAGUCAGCACAAAAGGAAUGUGAUGCUUGUGAAGUGGGACACUUCGCUAACGUAACUAGGUUAGAGGUUUGUUACGCUUGUGAUGCAGGAAGCUUUGGAGCUUCACCUGGACUGUCAGAGUGUACGCUGUGCGAAAAAGGAACUUACAAUCCUGACGAAGCUCAAGCUUCUUGCUUAGACUGUGAUGCUGGUACACAAGGAGAAAACAAAGGAAUGCUAAAAUGUGACAACUGUACGCCGGGAUAUUUCCAAGACCUACCAAAACAAACUGAGUGUAAGCCGUGUAGUAAGGGACAUUUCAACAAUGAAGAUAAGGCGACCGAGUGUCAAUCAUGUAAAGCAGGCACAUACGACAACGGAGUUGCUGCAACGGAAUGUUUAGAAUGCCCAACUGGUCAUUUCAGCAACGUGGAAGCGGCCGCUACCUGCAAGUCAUGCAGUGCGGGUUUGUACCAAAAUGAAACUGGUCAGCAAACAUGCAAAGACUGUCCUGUGGGACACUUUUCUGAUAGCAACGGAGCCGCAGAAUGUCAAUCCUGUGCUGAAGGUCAGUUCCAGCCAAGUGAAGGUAUGACAGAGUGUUAUAACUGUGCUAAGGGGAGGUACAUCAACGAAACAGGCUCUACAGCCUGCAAGAAGUGCCCUACUGGCACCCAUGCUCCCAAAUCUGGAAUGGCUAACUGUGAUGAUUGUCCCCCGGGAACGUUCGACGAUGAUCAAACUGGGUCAAUAAACUGUGCUAGCUGUGCUAAGGGACACUACAAUGACAAGCCAAGACAAACAGAAUGCAAGGAAUGCUUAGCAGGAACAUUUGCUAAUGCCACAGGACAGGCCAACUGUUACGAAUGUGAGCUGGGAACUGCUACUGACAAAACCGGCCAAGAGGAUUGUCCAGCUUGUGACCCAGGUUAUUUCGCCGGUACUAAAGCGUCCACAGUUUGUUCUGAGUGUGACACUGGCAGCUACAGUGCUGAGAGUGGUAGUCCUACCUGCACUCCCUGCUCCCCGGGUUCCUCCAACGAUAAGAAAGCUCAGAAGGAGUGUCAGGAGUGUGCGGGUGGUGCCCAUUCUAGUGAUCCUGGCGCUGUGAACUGUGACCUGUGCCUUGCUGGAACUUUCUCUGCUGAAGGAGCUCAGGAUUGCACAAACUGUCCUAAAGGAAAAGUCAACACGAAAUCCGGAGAAUCACAGUGCUACAACUGUUCCCAUGGAUUAUUUAACGACCAAGAAGGACAGACCGCGUGUGAAGACUGUCCGUCCGGACUCGACACCGAGUACCCUGGAGCCACAUCCGAGGACCUCUGUACCUUCCAUUACUGUCUGGCCGGAUACUCGGGGGAACCCUGGAACUGUGAACCUUGCCAACCAGGGAGUUACUCUGCUAAGGGUAACAUGACCACGUGUGAUAGGUGUGAUUACGGGGAGUACCAGGCUCAGGCACGGAGUACUGAGUGUGAUAGUUGCACGUACCCUCAAACAACUUACGGGAGAGGAUCUAAGGAGGCUAGUGACUGUGAAGGGCCCGGUUUGGCUUUUACCCUUAACAAAGCCACCAAGAAAAACGUCAUCGAUAGUAAGCCUACAGGCUUUAAAAAAGUGGUCAAAGUUGAAAACCAAAAGGGAGAAUGGAUAUUUUACCCAGAGGAAAAUUAUCAAGGUGAUGCAGUGACUGUUCUCGAGGGAGAAAGUUUCACUAAAGGUGACGGUGGCAACAAGACUGAGCAGGUCUUAGCAGCCAAGUCUUACUACGCUGUAUUCCCCAACGUCUUUUGUUAUCUACAGGAUUACGCUCAUGAGUACAAAGGUAGUCGGUCGAGGGAUAUGCUUGGAAACGAGUGUAAAAACUCCACAGGCGCUGGGGUUUGUUUCGCUGAUGAUGACUCUGAAGCUCCAAAUUGCUACAUUGCUGAUGGUAAACUGUCACCUUGCGGUAUCCCUAAAUGUAUCUGGGACUACGAGUGUUACUCUCAAAACGGGGUCAAUUACAGAGGAGACGAAACUACAAUAAACGCAACAAAAUCGUCCUAUAUGAUUUUUACGAAGCAUUUUAACUGUACUUGCCAGUCAUGGAACGAUGACUUCCCGACUAAGCAUCCUGGUACUCAUCCACGAGAUCCGGGGAUGGAAAAAUAUGGACUUCGAAGUGUUUACUGCAGGAAUCCAGACCCCACCAAAUACUCGAAGCCAUGGUGUUACGUAGGUGUCGGUCAGAAACAUGAUGAUUGUGAAACUUUCGCUAAAACGACCCCAAGUGAAGUAUGCCCGUAUACGAAGAAAUGCACAACAGAAAAAUACUAUACUCAAGCUGAAGGCAGAAUCUGAGAGGAUUAUAAAAUUGUUUAAUCGAGGUAUUCUUCAUUCGAACCUGACAGUAUUUUUGAAUUUUUUGAGCGACCUCACCCAGUUCCUCGGCUCAAAUGUUUUUUGUUAUUUAUAUAACUAUAUAUAUAUGCAUGUUUUGUUUUAAAAAUAUAAUUUUUGUUUUGAAAUUUGAAUAUUGAUUUUUGUAAAUUUGUAAUACCAAACGAUGAUAAUUGAAUUUUAAUAAGAAAAAUAUUUUAAUGGUUUAUUCAAAUAUCAAUUCUAAGAUUAUUAAAAUGGAAUAGAUAAGUCAAAUACGUGCUCAUGCAACUAUCCUACGAUAUAAACUAUAUAAACUAUAUAUAUACAAAACUAUAUAAACUAUCGGAGGGCCCAUGCUUGUACAGGAGUUACAUCUGCACUCGAUAUCUGUGUUUUGGUGAACCACGAGUCAUUAAUGAUUACAUAAAUUUUAAGUAUUUUGCAUAGUAAACUAGCUUGCAAAUCCACACUUUCUCUCAAGGUAUAUUUUGUAGCUUAUUCCAUUGUGUAAUUUGUAUGUAAUUGAUUGAUUUAAAAGAUUUUAAUUGAAAAAAUAUAAAUAUAACUAUAGUAU